CGUAAGGACGCAGGGCGACGUCAGUGUCUGCAGAGAGACAGGAAGAGAAGGAGGACUAUUGUUGUCUGACUGUAAACAGAGCCGACCGAGACAAACAUGGGGGGCGUGCUGGGCCUCUGCUCUGUCGCCAGCUGGAUUCCAUGCCUGUGUAGCAGUGCCACGUGUAUCUUGUGUCGAUGCUGCCCCAGCUCCGGUAAUUCCACGGUGACCCGUCUCAUCUAUGCAUUCCUCAUGUUGCUGGGCACUUUCCUGUCCUGCCUCAUGCUCACCCCCGGGAUAUCGGACCGAUUGAAAAAGAUCCCAGGCUUCUGUGAAGGAGGAUUUGGCACAACCAUUCCCAGUGUUAAUGGCUACGUGGACUGCGAUGUUCUGGUCGGUUAUAAGGCCGUGUAUCGCGUCAGCUUUGCCAUGACCAUGUUCUUCCUAGUCUUCGCCUUACUCAUGAUUGGCGUUAAGACCAGCAAGGACCCCCGGGCUGCCAUACACAAUGGGUUCUGGUUCUUCAAAGUAUUGGCCAUUGUCGGUAUAAUGGUGGGAGCGUUCUACAUUCCAGAAGGACCCUUUACAAGAACCUGGUUUAUCUUUGGAGCGGCAGGGGCCUUUUCCUUCAUCCUCAUCCAGCUGGUGCUACUUGUUGAUUUUGCACAUUCCUGGAAUGAGUCCUGGUUGGAGCGCAUGGAGGAGGGGAAUUCCAGAUGUUGGUAUGCAGUAUUACUGUCAUCCACCGGCCUGCUGUACGCCGCAUCAAUAACAUUCUACGCUCUCCUCUUUGUAUUCUACACUGUGCCUGGGGGGUGCACCGAGAACAAAUGCUUCAUUAGUUUCAACCUGAUCCUGUGUUUUAUUGUAUCUGUCAUCUCAAUCCUCCCCAAAGUGCAGGAAGGUCAACCACGCUCUGGGCUCCUUCAGUCCUCUGUGAUUAGCCUGUACACAGUUUACCUGACCUGGUCCGCCAUAUCCAACGAACCUGAUCGUACAUGCAACCCGAGCUUAAUGAGCAUCCUCAGCAAGAUUACAGCUCCUACGCUGAGUCCCCAGAAUGGCACCAUCCCUGGAGUCCCCACACCAGAGCCCAUAAAGUCAUUGCAGUGGUGGGAUACUCAGAGCAUCAUUGGCCUGGUACUAUUUGUGCUGUGCCUUCUGUAUUCCAGCAUCCGAAACUCUACCAACAGCCAAGUGAACAAGCUCACCUUAUCUGGCAGUGACACCCCCAUGCUGGAUGACACCGUAGGAACCGACUCGGAUGGCGAGGACGGGCAAGUGCGACGCGUGUUGGAUAAUGAGAAGGAUGGCGUCCAGUACAGCUAUUCCUUCUUCCAUCUCAUGCUGUGCCUGGCUUCCCUUUACGUCAUGAUGACCCUUACUAACUGGUACAGCCCGGAUGCGGAUUUGAAUACUAUAACAAGCAAGUGGCCAGCUGUUUGGGUGAAGAUUUCCUCCAGCUGGGUGUGUCUCUUGCUGUACACCUGGACACUGGUCGCUCCCGCCAUCUGUCCCAACAGAGAGUUCAAUUAGAUGUCUCCUGAUCCUUCUCUUUGGUAACAACAUUCCCCGAUUCCAAAGUCUGCUCGGGGUGCACCCGUCAUCAAGAAAGCCAUAUUAAUCCCUAGACAAUGAUAUUGCGACAGAUCACCUGAAAGUGCCUGGAUAUAGAUUUUAUUUUCUUGUCAAAGUUCUGUGCAAUAUGGGGGGGGUCCUCCAAAACCCCAGGAGGAUGCUGAGUGAGUAAUCGGGGGGUCUUUUCAGCACACCUCAUUUUCUGUUUCUAUAAUCCUAAGCAGCUGGAGCCUGUACUGUCAUUCCAUACAGGAGUCCUCAGCUCAGGCAGUUUGUGAUUUGUCAGUUUGAAGGCUAAAAUUCUCCUUUAAGGGGGGGCAAAAACAUGCACAUUUUUGCAGAAUAAAAUUUAGUGUUUUUUUUUUCUUAUUAUUAAACACAGGAGCCUGCAAAAUAUUGCACCCACGAUCAUGGGUACAAUGUCAGGCUCUUCCUACAUCUCCGUCUGCUACGGGCCUUCAGCUCCUGAGCUGCAGAAUGUGUCAAUAGAUAAUGAAUGUUCUGGUCAGCGCACUAGUACUCCAUUGAGAACUACAAGUCUGUCUGCCGCUAUGGGGGGGGGGG